UGACAUGAGGGGCAUCAGUGAAAGGAAGUAGCUAGUUUUCUUAACAGUUGCUGUCUAAUUAGCUCGCGCAAGGUAAUGAUGUGUUUUGCAUAAGAAUAUAUGAUUAAUAUGUGACUAACAAAAUUAGCGAACUAACAGCACAGAGCCAAGUCUUCAUACAUGCAGCUGUUUUGCAGUUGUCAGAGAGGCAUGCAACUCGCUAGCCAGAGUAGCUAGUUUUUUCUGUAAGCAAUUGCAUCUUCGCCUGGACUACAAGAUGAGAUAAUUAUUAGCUUCCAGAAAACAGCGUAGCUAGUUGUUACAUAGUGACAAGUAGUACGGUAGCCACCUACCAAGCUAUCUGUGAUUCCAGUUAGCUAGGUAACAUUGGGAAAGAAUGGUUGUUAUUGACCAAACAUGGCAUUUAUAGGACUCAGUCAGUAUGAAGUCUUGGUAGCCUGCUAAUUUCGAUCGUUAGACCAGCUUGGCAGUACGAAAGUGGGAGUUUUUAGCUAACUGGCUACAUACCUAACGGUAAACGACUAAAAGGGAAGUCUAGCCUCGUCGUUUUUGAGGACUCUCUCACCAUGGGGGACAAUGGAGAUUUCAACGCGACACUGAACUGCAGUACAACGGGCGAUCCCCGUCUGGAUAAAGCAAUAUAUCAAUGGAUGUGCUGGGACAAGAACCCACAGACUCGGGCCCAGAUCGAGGCCCUGUUGCGGGGCGGGUGUGUUGAGGAGCUACGGCAGAGACUCUGCUCCAGAAUGACCUUCGGAACAGCAGGGCUGAGGGCAGCGAUGGGAGCUGGCUUUGCACUUAUCAAUGAUCUCACUAUAAUCCAGUCCACACAGGGCAUGUACAAAUACUGUGCAAUAUCAUUUCCUGACCUGUCCAGCCGAGGCCUUGUGGUUGGCUAUGACACCCGUGGACAGGGAGCCAGUGGCUGUAGCAGUGAACGACUUGCAAGAUUGACUGCCGCUGUUAUGCUUUGUAAAGGUGUUCCUGUCUAUCUCUUCUCUACAUAUGUACCUACACCCUUUGUGCCAUAUGCUGUGAAGAAACUUAGAGCUGCAGCUGGAGUGAUGAUCACAGCCUCUCACAACCCCAAAGAGGACAAUGGAUACAAGGUCUACUGGGAGAAUGGAGCACAGAUUGCGUCACCUCAUGACAAGGAAAUCCUUAAAUGCAUUGAGGAGAGCACGGAGCCCUGGAGAGAGUCUUGGAAUGACAGCCUGGUAGACAGCAGUCCUCUGAGGAGGGAUCCUAUGGAGGAGAUCUGCAGGUGUUACAUGGAAGAGCUGAAGUCUGUCUGCUUUCACAGAGAACUUAACAUGAAGACGAAGCUGAAGUUCGUGCACUCCGCUUUCCAUGGAGUUGGACACAACUACGUUCAGCAGGCUUUUAGAGUGUUUGGCUUUCCUCCUCCCAUUGCUGUACCAGAACAGAAAGACCCAGAUCCAGAGUUUCCAACUGUGAGCUGCCCCAACCCCGAGGAAGGAGAGUCAGUCCUGGAGCUCUCUCUUCGCCUUGCUGAGAAAGAGGGUGCCAGGAUACUGUUGGCAACUGAUCCUGAUGCGGAUCGUUUGGCUGUGGCCGAGCAAUGCAGCAAUUUCCCACAAAGCUGUCAAUGGAAAGUCUUCACGGGCAAUGAGCUUGCAGCUUUGCUGGGUUGGUGGAUGCUGUUCAACUGGAAAGAGAUGAACCCAAACCCAGCUGACACAGAGAGGGUGUGCAUGCUGGCAACCACGGUCUCCUCAAAAAUCCUCAAGGCAUUUGCUCGAGUGGAGGGAUUUCACUUUGAGGAAACUUUACCAGGCUUCAAGUGGAUUGGAAAAAAAAUCGAUGAGUUGGCAAAAGCAGGAAAAGAAGUCCUUUUUGCAUUUGAGGAGUCCAUUGGGUUCAUGUGUGGCAGUAUGGUCCCAGAGAAGGAUGGGGUGAGUGCGGCAGUGGUCAUGGCUGAAAUGGCUGCCUAUCUCUACAACAAGAACCUUACCCUGAAUGAACAGCUGGCAAAUAUUUUUGAAAUUUAUGGUUCACACAUUUCGAAAACAUCCUACGUCAUAUGCCAUGAUCCCCCCACUGUCAAGAGAAUAUUCAACAGACUCCGCAACUUUGACGGCGAGAAUAAGUAUCCAAGGUCAUGUGGAGGGUACAGCAUUGCUCACAUCAGAGAUGUGACUACAGGAUAUGACAGCAGCCAGCCUGAUAAAAAAUGUGUGCUUCCUGUGUCCAAGAGCAGCCAAAUGGUAACCUUCACUUUCCAGAACGGGAUCGUGGCCACGUUGAGGACGAGUGGCACGGAACCAAAGAUCAAAUACUACACUGAGUACUGUGCACCACCUGGAAAGAGUGAUGUCACCAGCCUGAAGCUGGAACUGCAGAAGGUAACAGAUGCCCUCGUUGAGGAAUUUCUGGAACCAGACAAGAACAACCUCAUUCGUAGAUUAAUUUGA